AUGUUAUGGGCUCGACUAUUUCUCACGGAAAGUCAUCAUAUUAUCCUCUGGUUACUCUGCCAACUGGGCCUCUACGCUAUCAUUCUCCUAACUGCGCAGAUCUUCUGGUGCAGCUUCAUAUUGCAUCUUACUCUGAUUGCAUUUGCUUGGUUAUGUUUCUCUUGGAACGCCGCUUGCUUCUAUCUUGACUACUUUGUUCGUUGCCCCAAGUCCCUUGAACUGUCGGUUAAGCCUGCAGCAUCUAGACCUUCCUGCUUCGAGGUGGAAUCACAGACUAGUCCUUUAGUCUACAGCCAACUGGGUGUUGGAAGACGGAUAAUCCAAGUCCCCGAACCUCCCGAUUUGCCUUCUUCAUUCGGUGAUAUUACUAAUACGGCCCAGCCAGAUGACCACAUAGAACACGCCAUAAAUCAUGUCAGCUUUAUCGAGAACCAUGACAUACAUACCCAUUGGCUGACCUCGUGA